UAGCUGCUGUGAGGAAGUCAUCGUUCAACUAGCAUCCUGUCGCUUUGAGGGAGCUUCUCUUUCAAAUAGGAGUUAUAAUACGAAGCUAACAGAGACAUAACACGACACAAACAUCAACAAUGGAGCAAGAAAAUAUUUUCUACUUCGUUCCCAAUUUAAUUGGUUACGCCCGCAUUGCGCUGGCGUUCAUCUCCUUCCUCCUGAUGCCCUGCUGCCCCUGGCCCGCCGUCUUCUGCUACCUGCUCAGCGCCCUGCUGGACGCCUUCGACGGCCACGCUGCGCGGGCCCUCAACCAGUCCACUAAGUUCGGGGCGAUGAUGGACAUGCUGACGGACCGCUGUGCCACCAUGUGUCUGCUGGUCAACCUGUCGCUGCUCUACCCCUCCUACACCUUCCUGUUUCAGAUCAGCAUGUGUGUGGACAUCGCCAGCCACUGGCUGCACCUGCACAGCUCAACGAUAAAAGGAUCAUCCAGUCACAAGACAAUCGACCUCUCUGGAAACCCCAUCCUCCGGGUCUACUACACGUCCAAGCCCGUACUGUUUGUGAUGUGCGCCGGGAACGAGCUCUUCUUCUGUCUGCUCUACAUCCUGCAUCACAUCGAGGAGCCUGCAGGCUGGCUGUACGGGCUGCAGGCUCUCUGCGGGGUCAUCUGUCUGUUGAAGACCGGCAUCAGCGUGGUGCACCUCGUCACCGCCUCGCAGAACAUGGCCGCCCUCGACACUGCCGAGCGAGAGGCCAACAGGAAGUCACAGUGAGACAAAGAGAGAGUGAGAGCUUCAGCUGCAUGUCCACCACCGUUUCUAUUUAUCUUUUGUUAUUUUAAGGGUUUGUGCACAUAAAUAAGACGUGAAACUGCACUUGUUUUGUUAGACGACUUCAGGAAGGAGGAACGUUUUAUGACCAAAUAUCUCAACUUAAAAUGGGAUUCAUUUUUACAGACAACCAAUCAGAAUCAAGAGAAUCAGAAUUCAGUUCAUUGCAAAAUAGGUCUACUCAUACAAGGAAUUUGUUAUGGUGAAUAAUAGUGCAUACAUACAACGCAGUGAAAGAAAUGUAGUUUUAAAAUAUACUGCUAUUACAAAUGAUUGUAAAAACUAUUAGAAAAUAGUGUGUUAACAUUUUAUAAAUAUACAAAAAAGGAAAUAUAAUAUAAUAGUGGACUGUGAAAAAAACAAGUUUAUACUGCCAAUUUAUUUUACAAUCGUACAGUGUUAAUAGGUUUUAAAUAUAUAUAAAAAUAUAAUGUAUUGUAAAAGAAGAUUUUUAUCAACAUCACUGUUGUCGGAUUAUUAGGGCCUUUGUAGUAAAAAAGUUAUAAAUGAAGCUGUGGUCAAUGCUUUAAUUUACAAAAUCAGAUUCCCUUAUUUUUGAGAAAAAAAUGACACAUUUUGAGGCGAAACCAUUUUUCUGUGAUUACUAAAUAAAAUAAAUCUGAAAAAUAGUAAAUAUUUUUAUUUAUUUUUGUCCUACUUUUGAUCAGAAAGGAUCAAAUGUUUACCAAAUAAACAAUGGUUCGUCACGUACUUGUCUAUUUGAACCAACUCAAAAUAAUGUAAUUUCAACAAGCAUUUAUUCACAUUUUCAUUUGAUACAUUUGGUUAAAAUGUGCACUACAUUUGGAUAGAGUCCUAGCUCCGUCCCAACCACACAUCCAUUAAAACAAACCGUCCACAACUUUGUGGAAAACAAAUGUACCUUUUUGUUCUGAAUUAUUUAGUUUUUAUUGUUAAUCUUCAUGAUCUUUCAAGAUGGAACUGAAUCCCUAAAAUCUACGACAGACCAAAAAACUGAAGCUUUUGUUCACUUGAUGCAUCAUCUUGUUCUUGUUACGUAGAAAAUAUUUCUUUUUUGAAACAGAAAGCAGCUUGUUUUAUUACAAAGCACUGAGCCAGGGAGUGCUUAGAUAUUCCUUGUGUGACCUCCGAGCCAUAUUGUGUUGCUUUUAUUAGAGAUUCCUGCAGAUAUUUUGGUGUUGAUUAAAUGGUGAUAGUCGCACUAGGGAAAGUUAAUCAGUUUGCGCUUAUUUGACAUUUAUGAUGUUUUUGUUGGUGGUAGAAGAGCCGUGUUUCCUUUUUGACAUAGAAACAUAGAUAGUUAUGCAGGUCAUAAGUUAUUUCUGACGUUAAGAGCACCAAGUAUUCUGAUUUUAACUUUUUAAAGAAGUCACUGACCAUGCGUACAUUUACUGCUGUAAAGCCUUUGUUUCGAUGCUGAAUGUGUGUGUUUGUGUGUUGGAAUAUAAAUGUUUGUUUUUGAUGGAACUCAUUAUGCAGAAAGUAUUAUUCUAAAAUAAAAAUGUUUAUUGAUCAUAUGCCAAGUUUAAUAUUAUAUAUACAGAUUUAAAAGUAGGAACAACAUUUGAUGGAUAUUUGGUUUGAAGUGAAGGCGUUUUGAGUUCACUGUAAAAAUAAAGACAAUGAAACCCA